AUGCACUCGAACAGACUCGAACCACGCAGCCCCGGUCGCGACACAUCAUGGUUCCUUCAACGCAACGGCGAACAGCUCGCCCAUCAGACGGCUAUAACGCACCGAAUUGGUAAACGUACACUGGCCUUUCUACUGGUGUCCGACAGAGGGGCAGCUACCGAGCCCUGCAAUUCGGAGCGAAUUUUGGGGCUAUUAACACCUGAGAAGGAUAAGCUGGAACCUGACAAGGCUUUCCUCGCGAAAUGA